AUGCCGGCGGCCGCUCUUGGCGCGCCGCCGGCCAGCGGCGAGGCAUGGCACUGGCAGCCGCAGGGCGGUGAGCAAGCGCACGACGAGCAGCAGCAGCACGCCCGAGGCAGCAGCACCGGCGCCGCCGGUGCCGCCGGCCGCGACCUCAUGCGCCGCACCGCCUCGUCGCCGGCGCUGCGCGCCGCGUGCGCCAACACUGGCGCCGCACGCGCCAGCGCCGGCGCGGCCUGCCCCGCGUGCGGCCCCGAGUGCGCCUGCCUCGAGGUCUUCGUCGUAUCUCGCGCCUUUACCGAAUUUGGGGGCCCGCUCUUCAAGCGGAUGACCCCAGAGAUGAAAAAGUCGCUGGUAGACCUUGGGAUCUGCCAUUACAUGACGGUGUUCAAAACGCCGGACGGGCGCUACGUCCAGUUUGACUUUGGGCCGCGGGGCGGCGAUGUGGAGAAGGCCAACGGGCCCCUAGCGGCCCUCCUGCGGGCGGCGCGGCUGCAGCAGCAGCAGCAGCAGCCGCAGCUGGCGCUGGCCGGCGGCCCCGGCGGCAUGCGGGCGAGCGCGAGUGCGCCGGCGCUCGAGCUGUCGGCGGCGUUUGCGCUGGCGUGCGAGGGCAGCGGCGCCGGCGAGGGCGGCGCGUGCGGCGGGGGCGCCUGCAACGGCGGCGGCGCGGGCACCGGCCAGGCGGUAGACGCGUGA